AAAAAAUUGAUAUAUUAUUAUAAUUUUUUCAAAUUAUUAUAAAAAACAAUAUAUUUAAUGAACAAUAAUAACAUAGUAGAUGGAGCUAGUAUUUAGCAAUAUGCUCCCAAACCAUAAUAGUAAAUAUAGGUUUAAUAUCAAUUUUAAAAGUAAAAUAUAUUAGUCAAACCACCUUCAUAAACAGUACAACCUAAAUAAAUACCAAAGCAGCCAAUAUUUGGUUAAAAAAAAUAAGAAUUUACAUAGCAAAAUUUAAUUCAUGAAACUUCACCUGAUAUGAGAAUAAACAUACAAAAAAGGGAAAGCUUGCCUAAAAAUUUUUAAUAUAGAGUAACUUCUGUAGAUAAAAAUAAAGAAAAUUUAACAAAUAUUUAAUAGAAUUAGCAAUAAAACUAAGCUGUUCAUGUUAGAGAAAGAAGCUUUGAUAAUUAUUAAUCGGUACCUCCAACAAAUUUGGUCCAUAUAUAAUCCUAACCAUAAGUCUCUAGCGAGUAAGCUUAGAAUAAUGUCUCUAAUACAGCUCAAAUCCAAAGUAAUUUAUCUCAGCAUAAUACAUCAACUUAAUCCCAAAGUGGAACAGGUAGUUAUACUUCUCAAUAGCAAAAUAAAUAGAUAUUUUAACAGUAAUACUAUUCUAGCAAUCCAAAUUAGUCAGUAAACUAAAAAGUUUAAGCUAAUAUUAACUAAUUCAGUCCAAUACCAAAAUCACAUAAUUAACAAUAACUAAAUUCUUAGUAAUAAUAACAAUAGAAUAUCUAAUAAUAAUAAAACACUAUAAAAGUUUAAUAAUAACAGCAAGAAAAUUUAUAAAUAAAUCAAUAACAAUAACAAAAUGUGGUAAAUUAGAAUUCAUAAAUUUCUAUGAAUCUCAUACAGGAAUUAGUUAAAUCUGAAAUUAAAGCAGCUUUGAUUAACUUUAAAAAGGAAGAAAAAUUAGAAAAUUUAUCUCAGAGAGUAGAACAAUUAGAAGAUAAAUCUAGCUUGAAAUAAUUAAUUUAAGUUGAAAGUACAUAGGUUAGUAAUGAAAUUUAUUAAUUUAUAAGUGAGCUCAAAAACGAUUUCAGUGCAAAGCUGACUAAAUUAAACGACUAACUUCAUUUGAACUCUGAAUCUUGCAAAUCAAAUGCUUAUGCUGUUUCUUAAAUUUCUGAAAAGAUCUUGAGCUUUAGCAAAGAGUACACUGAAACAACUAAUAAAAUAAAAGAAGAUAAAAAUUUAAAUUAGAUUUAAAUAUAAACUUUUGAUGAAAAAUACAAUGCAUUGUUUGCUAAUUUUACUAAGCAAAUCCUUGAUAUGGAAAACAAUUUUAAAAAGAUUCUUGUGGAUGAGGGAGCUAAAAUAGAAAAACAAAUAUAAUAAUUAGCUCAAGAAUAUAAUAUCCUACCAACUAAAAGAAAUUUACCUAAUUAGUCAGACUCUUCUUAAUCUUCCCCUUAAAAAAAUAAUAAAUCUAUUCAUAUGCACAACAAAUCUAACGAUUCAAUAGUUCAACUACCUUAAAAUGGCACAAAGUCAACAAACACAUCUCUCAUAUAAAACAUUAAUGAUUACAAUUCUAUCAUCAGAGAAAAUUCUUAAGUUGAUAUUGAUUAAAAUUAAUAAUUACAAUAGCUCUCAAGAAACACAUCUAGUUUAUCUCAAUAAAAUUUACAUCCUCAAUCACCAAAUCACUAGUAAGAAUAGUAUUCUUACUCUAAUAGAAGUUCAACAUAAUACUCUAGAAGAAGUCAUACAGAGUCAAAUAUCUCACAGUCUGCUCAAAAUGUCUUAUAGACAUCUCCUACAGCCUAAAUUCUUCCUAGCAAUAUUAAUAACAUUGAGAAUUAUGUUAAAAAGUAUGAAGAAUUUAAUAAAGAAGUAGAUAAUUAUCUGUAAAAUAGAAAAAUACCAACAAAAGUAUAAGAACUCAUGAAUUAAUCCUCAGAAAUGAAAUCUUCCAAUUUGUUUGAUUAAGGAUAUUCUGCUUAAUAACAAUAAUAGUUUAUAAUUUAGCAAAAUGGUUAGUAAGUUGUCUCACCACGUCCUUUAUUUGUUAACAAACCUCUCAUACCAACUUCCCCUAAUGUUUUAAUAGUAUCUCCACCAUAAGCUGAUAAACUAUAAAUGUAGGCUUAAUAUGAGCAACUUUACAGAUAAUAAACUAUUUCUUAGCCUUAAUUUAGCCAACAGACACCAAUAUAAUAAAACCUAAAUGUUUAAAAUGCAAACUAAACUUAAUAAAUAGACCAAAAACGACUAAAUUACUAAUCAUUGCAGUAAAACAGAAAAGCAUUUGAGGACUAUAAUGGAAAUAGCAUAAAUUCCAGCACAUAGAUUUCCCCUUCAAGAGUUGAAUAAAUAAAUUUGGAUGUAGACUCUUUCAAUAAUGAAAUAUAAUUCAGUAAUAACAAAAUUGAUCAAAACAUUAUUGGUUAAUAGUAGUAAUAGAAACCAAAUGAGGUAUGUUCGCCUCAAAAAUCUCAUGAAAAUAUGAAAUUCUCCAUUAUUAGAUCACAAUAAAAAAAUCCAUAGUUAUCAAUGAUAAGCGAAUAAGACAAUGAAGAAGAAGAACUUAUAUAUUAGCUAGAUGAUUAAGGAUAUUUGAUGGAUGAACAUGGUAAUUACAUACUUGACGAAAAAGGGUAAUAAGUUAAACUAAGUGGUGAGCAAAUAGAUUAUUUAAGAAACUAAAAUAUUCUUGAGGAGUGA